AUGAGACUCAUCUUUCAAGCAUGUUCAGUGAUAUUCACACUGGGCAACCUUGUGUCUUCUCAGUCACAAUCUCCUGGUUGGAAAGAUGCCAUCAACACCACAAUAAUCAAUUUCAAUAAUGAGAAGAUGCAAAUCAGAUGGACAUCAAGCAAACCGUUUCCUGGCAAGAAUGUGUCAUUUUCUUAUACAUUUGAUGAAGGCAAGCACAAAGUUUGGAAGCCAUGUCCCACCUAUUUAUUGGAUCAAGAUUAUAAUUCUGGUUGUGUUUUCAAGACAGAAGGACCCACACUUGCCAUCUCCAUCAGGAAUAGCAAUGGAAAUGAAGAGUUUUUUUCUAAAAGUCUAAAAUCCGAUUUUUAUAUAAAGCCCAAACAACCAGAAAAUGUGACCUUCUUCUGGAAAGAGGACACUGUAACUGUAAGCUGUAAUAAACCAGAGACAGCUGUGAGGUGCUUGAGACUUGAGCUUCAGUACAAAAGCAAGUUUGACAAAGAGUGGCAAUCCAGAACGUCGAAGUGUUGCAGUGUUGGAGAGCAAGGCUUCGAUCCAAGGAAAUGCUAUUCUUUCCGUGUCAGACUGAAGAGGCUGGUACCCUACUGCAAUGUAGUUCAUUACAGCAGUGAAUGGGAAGCAGAAACAUUUUGGAUGAAUGGCACAUUAUUAGGUUCAUGUGAUGAUGACAUAAUUUCUCAGUCAAACACAGUAAUUGUUUUAAGUUUUUUACUGUCAGUACUGUUAAUGAUCCUUAUCUUCUUGAUUCUUCUGUGUAGAUGGCAGAGACUUCAAAAGUCAGUCAUGCCUGCUAUACCAGAUCCAAAAUACAUGUUUGCUGAUCUCUUCAAUGAUUAUAAUGGAAACUUCCAGGAAUGGAUAGACAAAACUGAUCAUGCAGUCCUGCAAACCAAACUAGAAUAUGAGGAUUCAGAGUGCAUGACUGAGGCAGAAAGCCAUCAAGAAGAUGAGAAGAACAGUGACAAACGGAGGCCUCGGGAAAAAAUCUUCUCUUCUUCAGGAGUAGCUGAAAAUAAUGACCCAAAUGCAGCUCAGGUUGUCUGCCUGAUGCCAACAUCCAACACCAUAGCCUCUUUUGCUGGUUUCAAGAUUUUAAUGAAUGAUGACAUGUAUGUGAUGUUAUAA